AUGCCUCUCUCAAACCUUGAAUCACUUCCAAACGAACUAUUGAUUGAUAUUAUUGAGAAAUACAUUAAUGGAGUAGAUCUACUAAGAGCUUUUGACUUUCAACUUAAUCAACGUUUCAAUGCACUUAUUACACGAUGCCAACGACUUCGUUUUGAUUUUAUUCGAUGUCAAAAAGACGAUUUUCGUUUCUGUAUGAAUCUUUUACCAGCCUAUAUCGAUAAAAUAGAAGAAUUAUUCAUAUCAGAACAAGACACACCUGGUCAAGUUGAUGCUUUUCUUUCUUUUUUACCAUCAUUUGAAUCAUUUAAACAACUUCGAACACUUUAUUUUCAUUUUGAUGGUGAAGUUAUUGAGUGGCAAAUUGUUGAAAGAGCUCUUAAUUCCUUAUCAAAAACGACGAUUAACACUUUAUCAAUUAAAGCAACAAACACAGAUAAUAGAUCCUCAUUAGGAAAUGUUAUUGUCGAUCUUUUUCGCUUAAAAUCGCUUAAACAAUUUUCUCUUAUGAGUAAAAUAGAUUCUAUAAACUGGAGUGAUUUGGCCAAGGUCUCAUCAAAUAUUGAACAUUUGACUAUUUCUGGUAUACAUUUUCGAUUUCAAGAUCUACAAUAUAUUUUCAAAUGUACUCCUCAUCUUAAAUAUCUCGAUGUUGAUUUAAUCAAUAUAAUAUAUCCUUAA